GGGGUCGGGCGGCGGCGCCGGAGACGCUCCACUCUGUCGCUCGUCCGCCUCGCGCGCGCCAUGGCAUCCAAGUGCCCCAAGUGCGACAAGACCGUCUACUUCGCUGAGAAAGUAACUUCGUUGGGAAAGGACUGGCACAAGUUCUGUUUGAAGUGUGAGCGCUGCAACAAGACCCUGACUCCUGGUGGGCAUGCUGAGCACGAUGGAAAGCCGUAUUGUCACAAACCCUGUUACGCAACAUUAUUUGGACCAAAAGGUGUGAACAUUGGAGGGGCAGGAUCCUACAUCUAUGAUAAGCCCCAAACUGAAGGGCAAGUGGCACCAGGCCCUAUUGAGCACAUAUCCAAAGUUGAAGAAAAGAAAGCAAGCGCAGCACCCAAGGGACCCAGCAAAGCUACCAGCAUUACCACCUUCACUGGGGAGCCAAACAUCUGCCCACGCUGCUCUAAGAAGGUCUACUUUGCUGAGAAGGUGACUUCACUGGGCAAGGACUGGCACCGCCCCUGCCUGCGCUGUGAGCGCUGUGGAAAGACUCUGAUCCCCGGAGGCCACGCUGAGCAUGAUGGACAGCCUUAUUGCCACAAGCCAUGCUAUGGGAUCCUCUUUGGACCAAAAGGUGUGAACACAGGUGCUGUCGGAAGUUACAUCUAUGAUCAAGACUCUGAAGCAAAAGACCAGCCUAAAUCAGUGGGUGGAGAAGGAGGGUCAGAGCAGCCCCUGACAGUGUGGCAGCAGCAGCAGCAGCAAGAGGAGGAGGAACAGCUGCCAGCCAUUGAAACCACGCUGCCACCGCUGCAUUCAGCUCUGCCCAAUAUCCUGACAUCACCUACCUGGGAAUGUAUUUCCGUUAAACGACUACACUGGUUGGUACCCAGGUCAUUUCUGAGCCCGCCGAGUUCAACAGGCUGCUGCGAACUUGGAGGAGCUUCGCUUGCGUUUAAGCCAAGGGCCGUCGGCUUCGGGCGGGACGCUUCCUCGCGGCAGGAAAGGGCGAGGCGUCGCUGGCGGAGCUUCGAGGGUGCGGCCCAGGCGGGCGGGGCCGGAGGCGCCCAGGCCAGGCAGGAUCCUCUCCGCCAGCAGCGAGCAGCCAGUGCAAGGGCGCUCCGCUGCCUCCGUCGGGGAGACCGAGUGCUCGACGCCGCCGCCGCCGCCGCCGCCAUGCCCAAGUGCCCCAAGUGCCAGAAGGAGGUGUACUUCGCUGAGAAAGUCACUUCCCUGGGAAAAGACUGGCAUCGGCCAUGCUUGAAGUGCGAAAAAUGCAGCAAGACCCUGACUGCAGGUGGCCAUGCGGAGCAUGAUGGGAAGCCUUAUUGCAACCACCCUUGCUAUGCUGCCUUGUUUGGACCAAAAGGGUUUGGCCGUGGAGGGGCUGAAAGCCACACCUUCAAAUGAAGUUCAGGUCUGGAAGGAUGGAAUUGGCUGUGGAUUCCAGCAGUUUCACAAAUCAUAAUAGCCGCAAUGUGCCUCCCCCCCACCCCAAACAUGUAGUAAGCUAGCUUAUUAUGAAGGCUUUCAAAAGAAGCAUCAUGCUAGAUAACUGGGAGAUUUCCUGCUCUGUGUAAAUGGAAAGAUACUUUGAGGUGGAGACCAGAAUCUUUUUUCCUAAUUUUAACACCGAGUUUCUUGGAAAUGAAUUCCUGCCCAAAGCCUAGCCCUGCUUUUAGACUCUGCUGUCCAUGAUGAUGAUUGUGUCUCAGUAAUAAAAUAUUGAUUUGAA